AUUGGAUAGGGGUUUUAUGUUUGAUUUUUCAAAUAUUACUAGAUUAUUACCCCUAUCGAUACAGAGAUUAAUAGAAAAAUUUAAAAACAAUCCUAAAUAUUCAAAAAUCAUGAAUUUAUUGUGGUAUGCAGUGAUUAUCAUCGGAUUGGUGCCACUCUUGUUAGUCUUGUUUAAAAAGACAGAUGAGGAUCAACAGCAACCAGGAAAUACUCAAAAUGGUACCAACAACAAUACAUCCAAUAAUACAACAGUUUCUAGGAGAGGGGAUUUAUCACUGAGUGGAAACAAGGUUUGCCUAAAUGCCAAGGCUUUCCUUCAAGAGGAUGAAUUAUUUGAAAAUAGAAACGAUCAAAAGGAAAGUGGAGAAAUCAAUGAUGAAUUUAAUAAUGAUGAAAGAAUUAAAUCAUUGAAAGAUUUGACCAAGUCAAAUGAUGUCUAUCUUAUCUGCCAAGUUUCAUCGGAUGAAGAACAAAAUUAUUAUCAGGAUUUAUUAGAGACGAGAUAUGGAUUUUUCAAUCAAGUCAAGACACUUUUCUGUGAAACAAGCAAGGGUAAAAUUGCAUUCUGUCGUCAAAUUAAUCCACAAUUAUGUUUUGAAGUGGACAGAGAAACAACCCGAGAAUUAAUCAGAUUCUAUCAAAAUGUUUACAUGAUCAAAAAACAAGCCAAAAACGGAUUGAAUGAAGAUAAAGUUUUGGAAUUUUCAACCAUCACAGAUGCUCUCACUAAUGCAUCCAAGAGAAAAUAAAUUUGUAAAUAAAUUGAAAAGUAAUUU